AUGGGAAAUUUUGGCAUUAAGGGAUCGGCAGCCGAGAAGCUAUGCUUGUUUCGUUUCUUCUCAUUGCUGGUAGGAGAUGUCGUGCCAAAGGACGAUGAUGCGUACAGUGUGUAUCUCGCUCUGAGGAGAAUUGUUGACAUUGUAUGUGCCCCUCAGCUCACUACCAACACGAUCCCCUACUUGAAGGUUUUGAUCAGCGACUUCUAUAGUGCAUUUACACAAGUCUUUCCUGAGGUCAAUGUCAUCCCCAAGAUGCACUACUUGAUUCAUUACCCUCGUUUGAUUCGGCUGUACGGGCCACUGUCCAAGCUGUCGUCAAUGAGGUUUGAAGCAAAACAUCAAUACUUUAAGUCGCUUGCAAGAAAAACCCGCAACUUCAUAAACAUAUGUCGUACUUUAAGCACCAGGCAUCAGCUCUACGAGAUGUAUCAUCUCUCCCAGCCAAAAGAACAGAUCGCCACAUCAGGGUGCAAGCGGGUGCCUUUUGAAGAGCUGCCAGAGUUACUGCAAGACAGACUUCACGAGCUGGAACUUUGGAGUGCACAAGUCACUACAGUGAACAGUGUCACCAUGUCCCAGCGGACGCUUAGAAAAGAAUGUGUUCUUCCUCUGACGGCUUUUGAUGAUGACCUCCCAGACUUUGCUGAAGUGACUAUGAUUGUCAUCUCUAAUGAGAGGGUGUUCAUUGUUGCCACAAUCUUGCAAACGAGGUCUUUUGAUGACCAUUUUCAUGCGUAUGUGGUUGAUUAUACAACACAUGCUGUUGUCAUUGAAGACUAUUACCACAAAAGUGAAUUUCAUGAUUUGCUUUCUGUGUACCGACUUAAUAAGAAGAGAUACAUUAACAUGCGGUACAGUUUGAUCACUGGGAACAACCGUUUUUCUUAA